UCGGCGCCGUGCCUGCGGAUUCACGCUCAUCCUCAUCCUCGGACUAAGUGAGUAGGACAUUUGCUCGUGUCACGACGCGCACAGGCCUCCGCCGACACUGUCACACCACAUGAUGCUGCCUCGUCCUCCCAUAUCAUCGUUUUCCACGCAUGAUGUUUCACAGGCUGAGCUUCCUUCACCAUCACAUCUGCAGGUACGAUCGUGUUGAGGUUUGGAUAGAGGUGCCAGUGACACAGCAUCAAGCCAUGGAAUAAAGGGAGUUGGACAAAGAUUUACAGCAAGGGACAGAGUAGAAGAAGAAGAUGAAGUGAAGAUGGAGUGUAUGUGGGCCACAUUUCUCCUGGACUCUACAGUUUAUUCCGUCAGCUGCUGGUCAAACCCGGAGCCUCCACACUAAAAUCCGAGCAGCUCAUUUCACCUGCUGGAGGAGAUUCCACCCUUGGUGAUGUGAUGAAUAAGUUUGAAGUCCUUGGCAUUGUGGGAGAAGGAGCAUAUGGAGUGGUGCUUAAGUGCAGACACAAGGAAACCAAUGAGCUGGUGGCCAUCAAGAAGUUCAAAGACAGCGAGGAAAAUGAGGAGGUCAAGGAGACGACGCUCCGGGAGCUGAAGAUGCUCCGGACCCUGAAGCAGGACAACAUCGUGGAGCUGAAGGAGGCUUUUCGCAGGAGAGGGAAACUCUACCUUGUCUUUGAAUAUGUUGAGAGGAACAUGCUGGAGCUUCUGGAGGAGCUGCCCAACGGCGCGCCGCCCGACAAAGUCCGCAGCUACAUCUACCAGCUCAUCAAAGCCAUCAACUGGUGUCACAAGAAUGAGAUCGUUCACAGAGAUAUCAAACCUGAGAAUCUCCUCAUCAGCUCUGAGGACGUUCUCAAACUCUGUGACUUUGGUUUUGCUCGUAACCUGUCCGAAGGAACCGAUGCCAACUACACCGAGUAUGUGGCCACAAGGUGGUACCGCUCACCUGAGCUGCUGCUGGGUGCUCCCUAUGGAAAAGCUGUGGACAUGUGGUCUGUGGGAUGUAUCCUCGGGGAGCUGAGUGAUGGGCAGCCCUUGUUUCCGGGGGAAAGUGAGAUUGAUCAGCUCUUCACCAUCCAGAAGGUUCUGGGUCCACUCCCCGCAGAGCAGAUGAAACUCUUCUACAACAACCCGAGGUUUCAUGGAAUCAGGUUUCCCUCAGUUACUCAUCCUCAGACUCUGGAGAGAAGGUACCAAGGCAUCUUGACUGGUUUGAUGUUGGAUCUGAUGAAGAAUCUACUUCUGCUCAAUCCUACGGAGCGAUUUUUGACGGAGCAGAGUUUGAACCACGCGGUCUUCCAGCCUCUGAGGCAGGUGGAGCGAGAGAGGACAACUCCUGCAUCCCCCAACCCGCCGCGCUCCUCCAAGAGGAAAACACACCACCAUGGAGAGAACACAGUUCCUACAAGGAGUCACAGUAAGAGCACAAGCCGUCGCACCAACAGUAAAGAGUGCUCAAGUCUGCCUCGACACGGGGACCUCCAUCACCUCGGCAACGACAGCUUCCUCAACGGCAACAAACCGACGCCGUCCAGUUUGAGUCCCACACUCCAUCCCAAGGCUCAGUACAUGUCCCAGACCCUCAAUCGCUCUGCCUCGUCCAGCAAAGACCUGGCCAACAACAACCUGCCACACCUCCUCAGUCCCAAAGAACCCAAGGGCAAAACCGAGUUUGAUUUCAGCAUGGGGCCGUCACCGAAGACGUCAGACCACGGGAUAAAGUACGGCCACAGCAAACCCAGCUCCUCCCGCUCUCAGCAGCAGCAGCAACAGCAGCAGCAGCAGCAGCAGCAGCAGCAGCAGCAGCAGCAGCAGCAGCAGCAGGGCCGUCACACCUUCUUAGAAAACAAGACCAACACACUGCAGUCUGGAGCGGAGAAACAGCACGGACGACAUUCCCACAGCAUGGCCGACUCUGCCCACGGGUCCAUGUCCUCCUCCUCGAAGAGUUCGGCCUCCUAUCUCAGCCUGUCCAAGAGCCACAGCGCGCUGAGCGACGCCAAGUCUGUGGGGAACCUGAGCGACGGCCGUCUCCACCCAGACGACCCCAACUCCAACACGGCGGUGGGGGUGGGACCCAGUGCCCGCUUCUUCCCUGCCAGCUGCUUAGACCUCAACGCCCCCGCGGGGCCCCCCGUGCCACCCGGCAGCCCCUCCACCCGGCACAGCGACCGAUCCGGGCACAGUCCCGCCUCCCGUAGCAGCGGCAACGUCCGGAUGGAGAGCAGCACACUGGACUCGUCGUCCAGACACAAGUCCAGACAUAAACCCUUAACACCAGAAGAUGCCGGUCCUCCAGAGCUCCUGGACCCCGGAGGAGGGGGAAUGCCGUCCACUCACACACUACCUUCUCCUCACGAGUCGUAUCACUACGGCCUGGGCUACACCUCGCCGUUCUCCUCUCAGCAGCGGCCUCAGCGCCACUCCAUGUACGUGAGGAGAGAGCGCCACCGGGCCCACGGCGUGGUGGAGGGCGGGAUGGCGGGUCUGCCCGCACCGGGUCAGGUGAUCCCGACACGGGCCAGCAGCCUGCAGCUUCUCUCGCCGCAGCUGCAGCACCGCACCACGCUCACCGGACACUCCGUGAGCUCCUCGAGAGAGGACUGCACGGACGACAUGACCAGGAGUGAGCAGUCCCCUAAAGACAUGAGCCACCCUUGCGCCUCCAUCAAAGACUCUACGCGGGACAACACUGCUGCUUUUCACACACAGCGCUCUAAAAACGAGGUCGGCAUGUAUCACGACCCUCACGUCGACGAUGGAGGAGCCUCCAAGGAGAACAGGAUGAUCUUCACCGAGUCCAUGCCACGGAGAGUAGGCAGCUUCUACCGAGUUCCUUCACCGAGACCAGACAACUCGUCCUCUUUCCAUGACGGGGUCGGGCAGGGUCGGGGGCCGGUCGUACCCGUCGUACCGGUUGACCCCGUCACCAUGGGCAACCACUCCAAACGCCAGACGGUGUUUGACUGGACCACAGCGGAAGCGAUGGUCAUGAAUCCGCCGGAGCCGACCAAAGAGAAGGAGAAACAAGGCUUCUUCAGGGCCAUCAAGAAGAAAAAGAAGAAGACACAGAUAACGGACAUAGAGGACGGGAGGAACCCCAGCAUCAAGAAAAGUCUUUUCCCCCUCUUUAGCUCUAAGAAUAGCUUAAAGCACAACUCAGCAGUCAAAGUCCUCCCCGUAGUCGCCUCGCCUAUGGUACAGCACCAGCCCAGUGCGGCCUACCCUGCCUCACCAGUCACUGGCAUCGGACAAGAACACAUGUCCCUGCAGAGGAGCUCUAAGUCCUCCUCGCACCACAGCAGCAGGCGGAAAAACCGCGAGAGGUCUCGGGAACGAGAGCGGGAACGAGAGCGGGAACAGAGCCGCGACCGGGACAGAGACCGAGAGAGAGAACGGGAGAGGGAGAGGGAGAGGGAGAGAGAAAGAGGGAGGGAGAGAGAGAGAGUCAGCGACUGGCCGCCAGAAAAAUCCGUGGAUUCACUCUCGCAGAGCCAACCCCUCAAGUCACUGCGCAGACUUCUUCACCUCUCCCCUUCUUCCUCAAGCCAAGGACAGCCUCCUCCUCCUCCUCCUGACCUGCGCUUCCAAGCCCCCCUCUCCAACCCUCCUCAGCCCUCCUCCAAAGCCGGCUACGCUGAGGGUCGAGGGCACCCCGAGAGCAGGGGGCACCCCGGGGUGAGCAGCACCGCCCAGGCCAAGAGCCGCAAGACCAGCUACCCACUUCCUGGACAGAUUGAGUCCAGCUGGCACGUGUCUGCUCUACAGCGGGCGGAGGGAGCUCAGUUCACCCCGGAGCAGCUGGGCAUCAAACCGGGACAGAAUGGACCCACGUUUACCCGAGCGUCCCGCAACAGGAUGCCGAACCUCAACGACCUAAAGGAGACUGCGCUUUAAGAAAAAAGAAAAAAAAUAACAAUAAUAAUAAUGAUAAUAAUCCCAAACCACACCACCUUCAAUAUCAGCCUGAGGCAGAUUUUCCUGGUAACUGUUGUAAACGUUUACGUGAAACUUCAGUGGCUCGAGUCCUCGUUGGGUGACCCGUCGACGCUCGUGUCUCUGAAAACCUCUGCAAACACUGGAAGCUAAACACAGACGGCAGGAGCGGCGUCGCUCAGAGGACACAAGGGAAGACAGGGCUCCACGCCAGCGCUCAGUCCGUCGUACGUUGUGUCUUUCUCUCUCUAAUUAUCAAGGUUAGAACCGUCAAGAUAAGCUGAUCUUUCCUGUCGAGGAGACACUGCCCACAUGACGGCGCCUUUGCUGCCAUCUAGUGCUCACAGGACAAUACUACAACCACACACCGAAACAGCCACCGUCGCAGCGUGGCGGCCGACAAACUCCGAGAAAACACACACACAAAAAAAAAACGUUUUUCAAGCUCUGAUAUUUGAUAAGAACAAAAGAAAAAAGUAUUUAUAUCAAUAUUAUUUAUUAAAUAUUUAUUUGUUUUAAAUUCAAGGAUAUAAGCUAUAAAAUGACACAGUAUGUAGACUAUAUGGGAGUAUUAUAAGGUAACGUAGAAUUAAAUGUGUAACCGCGAGAGCUUUAGUUUCCACACAAAGAGAUGCAUAGAUAUUUAUGAUGUGUUGAUAAUACAAUAUGUCACAAGGAGUAUUUAAUAAUGGUGAUUGUCCUUUUUUUUCUGUUCGAUUUCAUAUGUUAUUGACAGAUUUUCAUAUUGUUAAUUAUUAUUCUUGUUUAUUUUUACCCUUUUUUUCUCCAUGAUUCUCAAAUUAUUGAUAAAUUGUGGGGAAAAUAUUACAUCUAGAAGAAGAAAAUUUGCCAGUCAUCUUCCUCCUCGUCGUGGUGGUGGUGACAUCAUCGCUGUGAUACAAGCCGGGCGACAGGGUUUGGUAGCAGAAGAGCCACAGUGAGACUGUUAGACUUCACACUCAGUCAUGUUCACUUCACUUUAUGACUCAGUCAAGGUGUCAUCUCUUUUAAAGAAUGAGCUCCAUCCUCAAGUCAUUCGCUUCUUUGUUUUUGUCCCAGCUCCGUGCUGCCAUGUUAGUUUUCCCCACAGCCUCAACAGCAAGUAAUUACCACACCAACCAAGUGCAGCCACAGCCACUCAGUAAAACACGCCCACUAACUGUAACCCUAAUGCCCGCCCCAAACCUAGAGGAUUUUCCAAAUGUGAGAUCACAGACACAGCAAAUGUUUUAAUCCAGAGAAAGCACAGAUUAGACGAUCCAGUCGAGACGCAGGACCACACACUUGGCGUUUAAUCCAACGAUUUCAGGGUAUUAGUUACGGUUCUAAACAAAAGUACACAACCUGUUUCGUCGCUGUUCAGUCAUAAAUAUCAAACGUUAUCUAAUACUUACGAUUUGAAAAUCGGGAAGACUCUGAUGCUUCUGAUGACGUUAAAAUCGUGCCUGUUAAUCCCUCACACUACAGGAUAAUAUGGCCAGAUUAUCUAAAAUCGGGAGACACCCACGAUUGUCGGAAGGCCCUGAUCGGGACCAAAAUCUGACCAAUUACCCUCGAGUGUGGGACAGGAUUUAAGUGGCUGUGACUGCAGUUAGUUGUACUUGAACGACCCCAGAGAUUAGCUUCCGAUUAAAGGUCCAGUGUGUAAGAAUUAGUGACAUCUAGUGGCUGCAGAUUGUAACAAACGUAGGA